AGACACUUGAUGAUAUGGCCGUAGAAUUACUUGAGGAAUUCAAAAAAAGAAAUGGUGGUGGCCUUCCUGAUCAAAUUGUAUUCUAUCGUGAUGGUGUUGCAGAAGGCCAGUUCGAAAAGGUCAUGAAUGAAGAGGUUGAAUUGUUAAAACGCGCACUCCGAAAGUUUUAUUCACCAAGUCCAUCUCCAAAGCUCACGUUCAUUAUCGUGCAAAAACGUCAUCAUGCUCGGUUUAUGCCCGUAGAUUCUAAGGAUGCUGACCCUAAUGGAAAUGGAAAUUGUCUCCCAGGAACUGUAGUUGAUUCCGGCAUUGUGGUGCCUCAAUACUUUAGCUUUUAUUUACAAUCUCACGCUAGCCCGCGUGGAACUGCUAGGUCAACAUAUUAUCAUGUGAUACUGAACGAAGGAAAUUUCUCUUCUGAUGAGAUGUACGAAUUAACUUAUAAACUAUGCUUUUUAUCCGUUAGGUAA